CCCGAACCACUACCCAUAGCACAACUCCACAACCCAUACCCUCCAAACUAUACAUCAUGUCGGGUCUCGAGAAUGCGCUUUUCAACCUCAAGUUCACGGCCAAGUCGCUGAACAGGCAGGCGCUCAAAGCUGGCAAGGAAGAGCAGGCCGAGAAGACCAAGCUGGAAAAGGCUAUGAAGCAGGGCCACAACGACAUCGCCCGCAUAUACGCCGGAAACGCCAUUCGCAAGCAGAAUGAGAAGCUCAACCUGCUACAACUCGCCUCACGCGUCGAUGCCGUCGCAGGCCGUGUACAAACCGCAGUCACCAUGCGACAGAUUACAGGCAACAUGAUGAAGGUCAACCGGAGUUUGGACGUGGCUAUGAAGUCUAUGAGUCCGGAGAGGAUUGCCUCCGUCAUGGUCGAUUUCGAGAAGCAGUUCGAAAACGUAGACUCCGCCACCGAACUCUACCAGGACAUCACCUCGUCCGCAACCGCAGUCGGCACACCACAAGAGGACGUAGACCGUCUGAUGGCGCAGGCAGCAGACAAGGCAGGCGUAGAUCUACAACAAGAUCUCCAAGAAGCUACACCGGCAAAGACGAAGGUUGGGCCCACCGAGCAAGAAGAGGAAGCAUUUACCGAGAGGCUGCGUGCUCUGAGGAAUUGAGAAACAGACAACAGUCCCUUGCGGGGUUCCUAGGGUGUAUUGGAGUUUAGGCGCAUCACAUGCAAGCGAAUUGUUGGAAAGACUAAGAUAGUUUUCGAGUGAAAUACUAUGUUCAUGACUACCACACUAGUCAAGGGUCAGACCGACCUUUACAUGUGCAUCACCUGGUCGCUCUGUUACACUUAUCUCACACCGCCUCCACUCCUCACCCCAUCUCCGCAUCUUCAGUAC